AUGUCGGGGAAUAGAGAACAAGUUUUUCCAACAAGAAUGACACUUGGGGUCAUGAAGACUAAAUUAAAAGGUGCCAAUCAAGGGUAUUCUCUUUUGAAACGCAAAUCCGAAGCUUUAACCAAAAGAUUUCGUGACAUUACUAAAAGAAUCGAUGAUGCUAAACAAAAAAUGGGUCGUGUGAUGCAGACUGCUGCGUUUUCCUUGGCAGAAGUUCAAUAUGCCACUGGUGAAAACAUUGGCUAUCAAGUUCAGGAAAGUGUUUCUAAUGCCAGAUUUAAAGUUAAGGCCCGUCAAGAGAAUGUUAGUGGUGUCUACUUACCACAAUUUGAAUCAUAUAUCGAAUCCGAAAUAAACGAUUUCAAACUAACAGGGUUAGGUCGUGGUGGCCAACAAGUUCAACGUGCUAAGGAAAUUUAUUCGAAGGCUGUAGAAACUUUAGUAGAAUUAGCUUCCUUACAAACUGCAUUUAUUAUCUUGGAUGAAGUUAUUAAAGUUACUAAUAGAAGAGUCAAUGCCAUCGAACAUGUUAUUAUCCCAAGAACUAAAAAUACCAUUGACUAUAUUAAUAGUGAACUGGAUGAAUUAGAUAGAGAAGAAUUUUAUAGAUUAAAGAAGGUUCAAGAAAAGAAACAGAUUGAAACCGAGAGACUAGACGCAGAAAUGAAACUAAAAAGAGAACAAAUGGAAAAGGAGGAGGCCGAAAAAGGUAUAAAUAAGACUACUUCAUCUGCUCAACCUGCCACUGAUUUAGUAGCAGAUCAAGAGGAUGAUGUCAUUUUCUAA